AUGAGCAGACAAGCCGAAGUAAGAAAACAGAAUCGAACCGUAGUCCGUGGGGUAGCGACUCAAAACGAAGUUGAUUACGUUAGUCAGGAAACACUCAACUGCCUGUGAAAGGUCUGUUCUAUGCGACACUAAAGUACAGACAAUGAAAGUUAAACGAGCCCAUAUAUGUGGUGCAUAAUCAGAAGUGUUCAUUACUCAGCAGGAGAGCCUGUGUUGAACUAGGGCUCAUAAGACGUGCUGACAAAGAUGUUGAAGAGGUGAACACGGGACCAACAGAUUUCAAAGCCGAAUUCCCAGCGCUCUUCAGCGGAAUGGGAAAGCUGAAGACAUGA